AUGUCGGACGGUCCUGUUCAGCCUCCCAAGCCCGCAGUGGUCCACGAGGCCCAUGAUGUCGACACAUUCCAUGUCCCCAAGGCAUUCCACGAUAAGCACCCCACCGGUACCCACCUGAAGGAUAUCAACGAGUACAAGGAGCUCUACGAUGAAUCAAUCCGCAGCCCCGACACCUUCUGGGCCCGCAUGGCCCGCGAGCUCCUCACAUUCGACAAGGACUUUCAAACUACACACCACGGCUCAUUCGAAAAUGGCGACAAUGCCUGGUUCGUCGAGGGUCGCCUGAACGCAUCAUACAACUGCGUGGACCGCCACGCCCUCAAGAACCCGGACAAGGUCGCCAUUAUCUACGAGGCGGACGAGCCCAACGAGGGUCGCAAGAUCACCUACGGAGAGCUGAUGCGCGAGGUCUCUCGUGUGGCCUGGACGCUCAAGGAGCGAGGUGUGAAGAAGGGCGACACCGUUGGUAUUUACCUGCCCAUGAUUCCCGAGGCCGUCAUCGCCUUCCUGGCCUGCUCCCGCAUUGGUGCCGUGCACUCCGUCGUCUUCGCCGGUUUCUCCUCCGAUUCCCUCCGGGACCGCGUCCUCGAUGCUUCCUCCAAAGUCGUCAUAACCUCUGACGAGGGUAAGCGUGGUGGCAAGGUCAUUGGUACGAAGAAGAUCGUCGACGAGGCCAUGAAGCAAUGCCCCGAUGUGCACACGGUGCUGGUGUACAAGCGCACCGGCGCCGAGGUGCCCUGGACCGAAGGCCGUGAUAUCUGGUGGCACGAGGAGGUCGAGAAGUACCCCAACUACCUCGCCCCGGAGCCCGUGAGCUCCGAGGACCCUCUCUUCCUUCUGUACACAUCGGGCUCCACCGGAAAGCCCAAGGGUGUGAUGCACACCACGGCCGGAUACCUGCUGGGUGCCGCUAUGACCGGCAAGUACGUGUUCGACAUCCACGACGACGACCGCUACUUCUGUGGUGGCGAUGUCGGUUGGAUUACCGGUCACACCUAUGUCGUGUACGCUCCAUUGCUCCUUGGCUGUGCCACCGUGGUGUUUGAAAGUACCCCCGCCUACCCCAACUUCUCCCGCUACUGGGAUGUAAUCGACAAACACGACGUCACCCAGUUUUACGUUGCGCCCACCGCCCUGCGUUUGCUUAAGCGCGCCGGAGAUGAACACAUUCACCACAAGAUGCACAGCCUUCGUAUCCUUGGCUCUGUUGGAGAGCCAAUUGCUGCAGAGGUGUGGAAGUGGUACUUUGAAGCGGUCGGCAAGGAGGAAGCGCACAUUUGCGACACCUACUGGCAGACUGAGACUGGCUCCAACGUCAUCACUCCCCUUGGCGGUAUUACCCCCACCAAGCCCGGCAGUGCUUCGCUGCCCUUCUUCGGUAUCGAGCCGGCCAUCAUCGACCCUGUCUCCGGAGAGGAGAUUUUGGGCAACGAUGUGGAGGGCGUUCUCGCGUUCAAGCAGCCCUGGCCUAGCAUGGCCCGCACCGUUUGGGGUGCCCACAAGCGGUACAUGGACACCUACCUGAAUGUGUACAAGGGAUACUACUUCACCGGAGAUGGCGCUGGUCGUGACCACGAUGGUUACUACUGGAUUCGGGGCCGUGUUGACGAUGUCGUCAACGUGUCUGGCCACCGUCUGUCCACCGCCGAGAUCGAAGCCGCUCUCCUCGAGCACCCUUCCGUUGCUGAGGCCGCCGUCGUCGGUAUCACCGAUGAACUCACAGGCCAAGCAGUGAACGCCUUUGUUGCUCUGAAGGAGGGUAACGAGACCACCGAGCAAAUUCGCAAGGACUUGAGUAUGCAGGUCCGCAAAUCCAUUGGACCUUUCGCCGCCCCGAAGGCUGUGUUUGUCGUCGAGGACCUCCCCAAAACUCGCAGUGGCAAGAUCAUGCGCCGUAUUCUGCGCAAGAUCCUGAGUGGCGAAGAAGACAGUCUUGGUGACACUUCAACGUUGUCUGACCCCAGCGUCGUGGACAAGAUCAUUGAGACGGUUCACGCUGCCCGCAAAUAA